CAUUUAAGAAAUCAAAUUUUUUGCGCCAGUUCUUGAUGAAAUUUAAGAUAAUCAACGGUUAUGAGUCACGAGGAAAGUGAUGACAGUUGGGAGCAAGUGGCGGAUACCGAUGACGACGCCACCGCCGAUGCCGAUGCCGACGACGACGCCACCGCCGAUGCCGAAGCCUAUUCGGAGGAAAGUCAGGAGUCUCUUCAGCCCGUUGUGCGACGCCAGAACUGGCAAAGAUUUAUCACACAGUAUCCCGAACUAGCGAUGGUUGGCGGGCUGCCAGUGGAACUGCAACAACUAGAAGUACUUAUGGAUCCAGGACUGUCAGCAUUGGAUGUCCUGGCGCCGUUGGAGCGUCGCGAGGCUGAUGGUGAGGCUGAUGCGCAGCAAGCGGCUGCAGCAGACGAUGCUGCAAAUGAUGUGGAAGUUCUUGAGGCAGAACUGAACGCCCUAGAGGAGGAUGCGGAGCCACAGCCGCAACCUGCCAGUCCGCCGACCAACUCGCAAAGAGCCCCAGGACAGGGAGAUAUCAUAAAUCUAGAAACACCAUCGCCGCCAAAGAAACGCAAGCGUCUAUGCGCUGCAGACAAAAGCCUGACGAAGACGCCCGAGCCGACAAAGGCUCCUGCGCCACCACAAGUGGACGAAGACGAUGGUCUCACGUGCCCCAUCUGCCUGGACUCGUGGGAGAUGAGUGGAGACCAUAGACUGGUCUCUUUACGCUGUGGCCAUCUGUUUGGAGAGGAAUGCAUCCGCCGCUGGCUGGCCGAAAGCCAGAGACAGUCGUCCGUGAAGGUGUGCCCCCAGUGCAAGUCAAAGGCCACAUACAGGGACAUCCGCCACCUGUAUGCCAAGCGCAUCGUAGUGGUGGACACCGAAAUCAGGGAUCAGCUGGAGGAAGAGCGCCGACGCAACCACAUCCUGGCCACAGAGCUGUCGGCCGCAAAACUGGCUCACUUCGUGACCAGCGAUAAGCUGUUGCAAACGAAAAAGAAAUACGACCAGCUGGUCGCUUUGACCGAAGGAACUGGCGGCCGUGGAGCGUUCUCCGUUCUGUCGGAUGCAGCAAAGAAAAGGCCCAUCCAGCAGCUGCCCAUGCAUCGCCUAUACAUGGAGAAGAACUUUGAGAUCACCCGCGACCCCGGCUGCCGCGUGAUGCACUUCUCCAGCAAACACUCGCUGCUGAUGGCCAGCCAGAAGAGUGGCCAGAGCCUGUUCCCCGGCUACGGAGUGCGCUUUAUCGAUCCCUUAAACUUCCAGCCGCUGCACUUCCUUUACACAACGGCCAUGCUGGUGCGGGAUAUCGCAUUCAGUGAUUCGAAGCAGCUGCUGGCUGUGUCCAGUCGCGAGUCCAAGAUCAAGCUGUUCGAUGUACGCACCAAGCUGCAGUCGUGCAUGGUCUCAGCAAUGGAUAAGACGCUCUGGGCCUGCGGCUUCGAUCGUAACGACCGGGAUAACUAUCUGUAUGGAGGCGAUCUCCGUGGCGGGGCCUACAUCUAUGAUCUGCGCUUUCCCGAUAGCAUUCUCGGCCAAUACCAGGCCAAUGAGAACUUUAGUCCUGUGAUACACAUCGAGGCUGUGCCCCCGAACAAGACCUUUCCCUAUGGGGGAUUCCUCGUCUGCCAGCUUUCUGCGUUGUCCUUCUACGAGUAUGUUUCGGCCGGCGAAGUGGCCCAGGCCACGCGCCUCAAUGUCGACGGACCGUUCCUCUCAAUGCAGUACGACCAUGUGCAGGACACUCUGCUCAUUUCGGCUCGCAGCAAUCCGAACUCGCCCAACUCUCGGUUCAUACUGGGGCAACUGGACAAGAUCGAAGACAUCCCGGUGUUCCGGGCGAGAGUCACCAUCUUUGGACCCUCAGCCACGCCCAUCAUGACACGACCCACUCAGCUGGGUGUCGAGGAUAACACCCUGAUCGUUAGCUAUCUGCAGAAUAACAAGCAGCUGAUGCUGUACGACGUCCGCCGGGAGGAGCGUGUCCAAACGAUGCCCGUCAAUGAGGUGAUCUACGACUUUUGUCCCGUGAGCAACAGCAUUGGCUCCUAUCUGGCCGCCUUGACCGACAAUAAGUGUCGCGUGUACAAGCUCAAUAGCACGGGAUAGAGAAGGAUGGAUAGACGGAUGGAUGGAUAGAUGGAUAGAGAAGGGUGGAUUGAUGGAUCAUUUUCUGUGAAAAUGUCUCCUCCUUCAGUAAAUGUUUAAUUUUUUUGUAUUUUUAGUUCUUAAUUCUUGCGUUUAUUAAAACAUUUCUCAGAACAUAAAUCUAAAUGUAAUUCCAUGUAA